AUGGGUACUUCACCAGAGUCAGCUGAUACUCUAGCUUCUGCUUCUGCUGUUACCACUAAUGCUCCUGCACCUGCAGUGACCUUUGCUUCAGGAGUAAUUGACUCCACUCACCCUUAUUACCUUCAUCCUUCUGACUAUCCAGGGAUGAACCUUGUAUCCUCAGCUUUUGAUGGCAAAGGAUAUGGAGGUUGGAGAAGGGCAGUCAUCAUUACCUUGUCUGCAAAGAACAAGCUGGGAUUCAUCGAUGGUACUCUUAUUAUCCCUAAGACUGAUUCUGCAGUCCAGCAGACUUGGGGUAGAUGUAAUGAUAUGGUACUCUCAUGGCUUCUCAACUCCUUGUCCAAAGAGAUAGCUGAAAGUGUGCUCUAUUCACAAAGUGCAAAGGAUUUGUGGAGUGACCUGGAAGACAGAUUUGGACAGGCAAAUGGAGCAAAGUUGUUCCAAUUACAAAAGGAAUUAAGUUCAGUAGUACAAGGUAAUUCAAGUGUAUCAACUUACUUCACCAAAAUCAAAAGCCUAUGGGAUGAACUAGAUGCACUCAAUACAUUUUCUGCUUGUGUAUGUGAGUGUGAGUGUGGUGCAAAAGUCAAAAGCUUGAAAGCACACCAAGAUGAGAGACUAUUGCAUUUCCUAAUGGGACUAAAUGAUAUAUUUAUUGGGGUAAGGAGUAACAUUCUAUUGUCAUCACCUUUACCCUCCAUUAGACAGGCAUACUCUCUUGUGAUUCAAGAUGAAAAGCAAAGGGAGAUACAUGCUACCCCUGCAUACUCAGGAGAAUCUGCCUCAUUCAUUGCUACCAACCAACAAGGAAAUUUCAGAAGAUUUAAUAAGAACAGGAUGCAUAAAACAAGUUUUGAAUCUAAGAAAUAUGUAGGAAUUUGUUCCUAUUGCAAAAAACCUGGACAUAGCAUCCAGAAAUGUUAUAGAAUUCAUGGGUUUCCAGCUGAUUUCAAGUUCACAAGGGAGAAAAGAUUUCAAGGAGUUGCCCAGGCAAACAAAGCUUCUUUCUCAAAUGAAGAAAAUGAACAGGGAAGUGCAUCAGGAGUUCAGAAUCUCACCAAGGAAGAUGUGGCUGAGCUGCUGCAGCUUCUUCAACAAGUGAGAGUGGGACAUUCCAGUGCAGAUACCCCUGAUGUUGCAGCAAAU